GAGCGAGGCGCAGCGAGCGCUGCAGUAUGAGCAGACCCUGAUGUAUGGGCGUUACACGCAGGACUUGGGCACCUUCGCCAAGGAUGAGGCAGCCCGGCUGCGGCUGCAGGAGGGGGACACGCCCCGGCCCCGCCGCCCCUCCGAGCUGCUGGAGUACACCCAGGGCCGCUGUGCCCCCUGUCGUGUCUGUGCCUUGCAGUGCCAGCGGUUCCUCAUCUCCAAGGUGGGCGAGGACUGGGUCUUCCUCAUACUGCUGGGACUGGUCAUGGCACUGGUCAGCUGGGCCAUGGAUUUCGCCAUUGCCACGUGCCUCCAAGCUCAGAAGUGGAUGUACGGGGGCCUGGACACCAACGUGCUGCUGCAGUACAUGGCCUGGGUCACCUACCCCACUGUGCUCAUCACCUUCUCAGCUGGCUUCACCCAGAUCCUUGCUCCCCAGGCCGUGGGCUCUGGGAUCCCUGAGAUGAAGACAAUCCUGCGGGGUGUUGUGCUGAAGGAGUACCUCACCCUCAAGACUUUUGUGGCCAAGGUGAUCGGACUGACAUGUGCCCUGGGCAGUGGCAUGCCCCUGGGCAAGGAGGGUCCGUUUGUCCACAUCGCCAGCAUGUGCGCAGCCCUGCUCAGCCGCUUCCUCUCCCUCUUUGGGGGCUUCUAUGAGAAUGAGGCAAGAAACAUUGAAAUGCUGGCAGCUGCCUGCGCUGUUGGUGUUGGCUGCUGCUUCGCCGCCCCCAUCGGAGGCGUCCUGUUCAGCAUCGAGGUCACCUCCACCUUCUUUGCCGUCCGCAACUACUGGCGCGGCUUCUUCGCUGCCACCUUCAGUGCCUUCAUCUUCCGUGUCCUUGCUGUCUGGAACAAGGAUGAAGAGACAAUCACGGCGCUGUUCAAAACCCGCUUCCGCCUCGACUUCCCCUUCGACCUGCAGGAGCUGCCUGCCUUUGCCGUCAUCGGGAUCGCCAGCGGCUUUGGGGGCGCACUCUUUGUCUACCUCAACCGCAAGAUUGUGCAGUUCAUGCGCCGCCAGAAGACCAUCAACCGCUUCCUCAUGAAGAAGCGCCUGCUCUUCCCUGCCCUGGUGACGCUGAUCAUCUCCACGCUGACCUUCCCACCCGGCUUUGGACAGUUCAUGGCUGGCCAGCUCACCCAGAAGGACACCUUGGUGACACUCUUUGACAACCAGACAUGGGCCAAGCAGGGAAUCAGUGAUGAGUUCGAAUACUUGGGCAUCCUGGAGGCCUGGCGCCAUCCCCGCUCCAACGUCUUCGUCACACUUGUUGUCUUCAUCCUCAUGAAGUUCUGGAUGUCAGCUUUGGCUACUACCAUCCCAGUGCCCUGUGGAGCCUUCAUGCCCGUCUUUGUCAUUGGGGCAGCCUUUGGGCGCCUGGUGGGGGAGAGCAUGGCAGCCUGGUUCCCUGAUGGCAUCCACACGGACAGCAACAUCUACCGCAUCGUGCCAGGGGGCUACGCCGUGGUGGGGGCAGCCGCACUGUCAGGUGCUGUCACCCACACGGUGUCCACGGCCGUCAUCGUCUUCGAGCUGACAGGGCAGAUCUCGCACAUCCUGCCUGUCAUGAUCGCUGUCAUCCUGGCCAAUGCUGUCGCCCAGAGCCUCCAGCCCUCCCUCUACGACAGCAUCAUCCGUAUCAAGAAGCUUCCCUACCUCCCUGAGCUGGGCUGGGGCCACCACGAGAAAUACAGUGUACGGGUGGAGGACAUCAUGGUGCGGGAUAUCCGCUACGUCACACUCAACUGCAAGUACCGGGACCUGCAGCAGGUCCUGCACAGCACCAAGAUGAAGAACCUGCCACUGGUGGAGUCAGCUGAGUCCAUGAUCCUGCUGGGCUCCAUUGAGCGGACGCAGGUGGGGGCCCUGCUCAGCAGCCAGCUCAGUCCCCAGCGCCGGCUCCUGGCACUGCGGCAGAAGGUGCUGUCCGAGGAUGGGCACCGGCUCUCCGAUUCCAGCAUUCGCUUCCAGAUCAGCACAGAGACCUCCUCGGGCACCCCUUUUUAA